AACGUGACUGUCAUCGAGUAACGUUAGAGGGGCAGAGAACAGCGGAGCCUUCGGUGCUCCAGUUGUCUGUAUCGUCGGGGACUUGGAAAGUGACUGGGCAGGUGGAGGGACAGGUUGCUAAUCUCGGGCUUCAGGGAAAAUGGAAAUAAGUAGUUAUUUCCCAAUACCUCCUUUGUGCGCCUUCAGAGCCUCGGUGUAACGUUCAGGACAACUUGCCGUACAUUGUCUUUUUUCCUCCUAUUUGGACCCAAGCAGCGCUAGCUAGCUUAGCCGCCAGCCAGCCGCCGAUAGUGUCAGACACACAGGUACAGGAGAAGAGAGGAGGGGUUGGUGACAAAGGAAGGUGGCGAGGUAACGAUGAACCGCUUUCGAAAGUGGCUGUAUAAGCCCAAGAGGACAGACCCUCAGCUCUUGGCCCAGUUCUAUUACGCCGAUGAAGAGCUGAACCAGGUGGCCACAGAGCUGGACAGCCUUGACGGCAGGAAGGACCCUCAGAGAUGUACCCUGCUGGUCAACCAGUUCAGAUCCUGUCAGGACAACGUGUUGAACAUCAUCAGUCAGAUCAUGGAUGAAUGUAUCCCCUUCGACCGGGCCAACAGAGAUUUUUGUGUCAAGUUCCCCGAGGAGAUUCGUCAUGACAACUUGGCAGGGCAGCUGUGGUUUGGAGCCGAGUGUUUGGCUGCAGGCUCCAUUAUCAUGAACAGGGAGAUAGAGAGCAUAGCUAUGAGACCCCUAGCUAAGGAUCUUACUCGCAGCUUGGAGGAGGUACGCAACAUCACCAGAGACCAGGCCCUGCGAGACCUGAACUUGUACACAGACCGCAUGAAGGACGCAUUGCGACAUUUUGACAGCCUUUUUGCUGAGUUUGAGCUCAGCUAUGUGUCAGCCAUGGUGCCUGUGAAGUCUCCCAAAGAAUACUAUGUACAGCAGGAGGUGAUUGUGCUCUUCUGUGAGACUGUGGAGAGGGCCCUAAAGUUGGGCUAUCUCACACAGGACAUGAUUGAUGACUAUGAACCCGCACUGAUGUUUACAAUUCCCAGACUGGCCAUUGUGUGUGGGCUGGUUGUGUAUCCAGAGGGACCUCUUAACCUAGACCGAAAAUCAGAGGAUAUGUCUGAGCUCUUCAGGCCUUUUCGCACUUUACUGAAGAAAAUAAGAGACCUGCUCCAGACCCUGACUGAGGAGGAGUUGAUGACGCUAGAGAGAAACUUGUGCAUUUCUCAAGAAGGGGAGUUGUCCACAAGCCAGGGACUGGCCACAAACGGCGUACCAGCUCCAGUCCAAGAGAAUCACUCGUCCUGCAGUCCUGCUAAUGAAAUCUCCAAAAGGGGGAGUGAGGGAGAAGAGGCGCCACUGGCUGUGCUUGUCUGUCCCAGUCAGGAGGAAGAGUUGGCAGGAGUGGAAAAAGGCUGGGAGGAGGUGGAAACUGUGAGGGGAGAGGAGGAACAGGAGCAGGGUUUACUCUGUGAGGAGGCAGAGGAGGCUGAGCUGGCAUGCUCCAUGCAGUACGAUGAGGAGGAACUGGAGCAGCUCAACAUGAUGGUGUAUCGCGUGGGAGACGAGAUGUCGACUCUGCUGUCGCCUCCCAGCCAGGGUCAAUCUCCAGCCCACGAUCCCAACAGAGGACAGCCUGCAGGCUCCAGUGGGGCUUCCAGCACAGAGGUCUCUCCACGCAGAAUCUUGGGGAGCCGAGGAAGGACGGGCAUUUGUACAGAGGAGGAAGACAGGGUCUUCUUCAUGGAGGACCUGGAUGCAGCAGGAGAACACAUCACCAGAGAGCCUCGCUGUUAUGUCACCUCUCCUCCCAAAGAGUCUGCUCGUCCUGUGCAGCGCAAGCCCGCACCAAGGCCAGACUCGGUUAGGAACGGCUGGUUCUCUGAGACAACAUCUGAGCAGCCUUGUCCACAGCCACGCAACCUGAACACACACUGCCCAACUGCAAAGUGUCCCCCUUGUACUAACGUCCCUGGUUCAGAAGCUCUGCCUUACACCAAUGGGUGGGACAUGGGUUUAGAGGGGACAGCGUCUGAAACAGCUGAAGUCAUCGCCCAUCGUAUGGGAGGCAUGAAGCUGUCUGCUACAGUCAUCUUCAACCCUCACUCACCCAGCUUGACAGAGCUGGCUGUGGACAAGCUGCUGCUACCUCGGCCUACUCCCUCUGAGAUUGAGCCCUGUGGCCCCCUGGUGGCCACUCACUGCCUGCUCAACUCUUGCGUCUGCUGUGGCAGCUGCGAGGAUGGCCACGAGGAUGCCAUCACCACAGAGACUACUGGACUCGGUUUAGGGCUCGCUCUGGGAUUGGACAAACAUUGUACGACGCCUGCCUCCAGCGCUGUCAUCCAGUCCUCUGCUUGUCGGCUCCCUCCUCGUCCUCACGAACACAACAAUAAGGACGACGUGGCCCAUUUGAGCACUCCUUCCUCCCGCUCUGCAGAGCCACUGGAAGAGGCUCCUGGGCUGGGACACCAGACUCAGGAUUGUAGCUCUAGUGUCAAAAAUGGAGCCUCCCCAUGUAAUCACCAGCUGAGGACUGAAAAAAGACAUGCUAGCGGAGGCCGACAGAGGGACAAGGAGAUGGAUAAUGAAAAUACUGAAAAUAAAGAUAUGAAGAGGUACACCAAAGAGGACACCAGGAGAAGCUCCAGUUUUCAGAACUCUCCACUCAGCUCUGUGUCAGGUAGUGACUGUGAGAGUGUGUCGGUCACCACAUGUAGUCUGUCAAGCAGUGCAUAUACACCCAGUCCUGUCAGCAGUCUGACUCCCAGCUCAGGGACAUCAGAAGACCCGGACCAGCAGGAGAUCCAGCUGGCCGUGCAAGAUGCCAAAGCAGCGGCCAGAAGCAAGAUCAGAUCUCGUUUCCACAGCAGCAGCGACCUCAUCCACCGUCUCUUUGUCUGUAUAUCAGGUGUUGCUGAUCAGCUGCAGACCAACUAUGCGAGUGACCUUCGCAGCAUCCUCAAGACUCUUUUUGAAGUCAUGGCAACCAAGUGCGAGGAAGGAGACAAUGAUAAGCAGAAGAAAGCGGGGCCUGUUAUGCGCAGCGCAGUACUGGAGGACUGUGCUCUGUGUCAGGAGACCAUUUCCUCAUCGGAAUUGGCAGCCAAGGCCCGUGAGGGCCAGUUCGAAGACCCUCCUGACUGGGUCCCUGAUGAAGCCUGCAACUCCUGCAUUGCCUGCAAGGCUCCGUUCACUGUUAUCCGCAGGAAACAUCACUGUAGAAGCUGCGGAAAGAUCUUCUGCUCUCGCUGCUCUUCCCAUUCUGCUCCGCUGCCUCGAUACGGUCAGGUGAAGCCUGUCAGGGUCUGCACACACUGCUACAUGUUCCAUGUCACGCCCUUCUACAGUGACAAGGCGGGCAUCUGACCUCAGAAAACCAUGGGAAUGCACAGUCUGCCACAACAAGGACAUAUGCAACAGACAGAAAGCUGUGUACAAAGCAAAAGCAGCACUGCUCGGGUAACCCCUAAUGGUCAUAAUUGUACCAGCUAAGCAUGGCCAUUCAAAGAUGAGACGUCAGAAAUUCCAGACAAAAAGCCACAGAAUUCCGAUUUAAUAUUUCUAAGAGUUUCUGGUGUGUCGGCGGGUUUCUCUGCACCCAAAUGAUGCACAAAUGCCUGUACAUGUUUUUAAAAAAACAGGAAAGAGGAAAAGCAGGCAAUAACAGAUAUUAAACUGGCAUUGUGCAGCAGUCCUCUGUAGCAAAAUCAAAACAGGCCUCCUUUUUUCCCUCUUCUUUCUUAUUUUUCCUUUUCUUUUUUUAGCUUCGGGUGUAAAUGGAAGGACUUUGUGAAAUAUUUCCAAUGCUUUAGCGAGCUUCCUAUGUUUGUGCCCGAACUGUCACGAGUCUUGGAUUAAUCAAAAGAAUGUAAGUUGUGAUCAACAUGUAAAUAACGGUAAUUCUGGUAAUAAAAACACUAAAAUGUCUUCAGUAAACAUUUGCUCUGCACUGGAACUGAAAAGCAACCUUCACCAGUCCACCAAAAGUGAAAGAUGGACGACUUUUAUAUUAAGAUUCCUUCAUGCUUUUAAUGGCAGUGAAUGUCUAACUCUGUAUCACUUUGUAAGAUGGAGUCUGAAUUCCAACAAGACUGACCAUUCACCUCUCCACGGUUAUGGGCUGUGCCCAUUGCUUUUACUGUUGCACCACGGCACACUGAGUUUUCUCCGGGGACUCUCCUGCACGCUGAGAUGAAUAAAAGGGAUUUCUUAGUCAUCACUGUUAGGUCUGGAAGGCCCCCUAGUGGAGAGUUGACCUCUCAUUACUCAGUGCCCUCAUUAGCGCCACAAUGUGUAUAAUUUGCUUUGAACCAGAGGCCUUUUCAGGUGCCGGCCUACAGGAACACAGACCCGUUGAUACCCGCUGGGUUUCUCUUUCUCAUAAUGUUAUAGUGCAAUAUUGUGACUACUAAUUGCAGUGGGCCUGCACAUUUAAGAGACAUCACUCUGCUUUUUGAAAUGCAUCUACAGGCCCUUUCUGAAGAGCAAUGUUUUGCUGAUACGUGUUUACACUGAAUUAUAUUCAUCCGUUCCUCUGGUGAUACUGACGGUCAGGACCAGAUUACUUUUGUUCCCAGACUGACGUCAUUUACUCUCGACUUCCUCUCUGCUCUUAAAUCUGCUUCCACAGCAAUGACAGCAUACACAGUAUCUUCCAUAGCUACAGUAUAUUGGUUUGUACAUCUGAUUGCUCUCAAGUGGCCAAAAUGGACCACUGAGCACCUGUUAUGAAAUAUCACAUCCUAUCCAUUUUGCUCUGGCUUAAAGCAGUUCCUCAGGCUUUACAUAUUAAGAAUCACUAAAUACUGCUGUAUCAAUUUUAUUUUCAUCAAAGAAACAUAUGAACUUACUUUGGAAAGGUGCGGUUUUUCUUUUAUAAAGAACAAAAAUAAUGUAUGAAGCUAUAAUUAUCUUUAUGUUUAAAAAAAAAAAACAUGGAAUCAUGCAGUAAUUAAAGGUUGGGAUAUCAUAUUAUUUCAGAGCUUGGUCUUAUUUUGUAAAACUCCAGUACAUUUCCAUGAUGAGAGCUGUGUAAAAUAUUGAACAAAUACUGUUAUAUAGUUUUAAAUGCAAUGUAUAUUGAAAUAAAUGAUUUUUUUUUUUCUGUUUAAAA